CUAAGUUCAGAUUUAUUUUGGUCGAAGGUUGAGUUUGGAAAGUAAAGCGGUUUGCUUGAAGUUAAUGAAUGCGUCGAGGAAGAUUAACUCGGUUGGUGGAUUAACUCAAGAUGCGUGAAACAACUCUUGAUAUUAAAACAGGAAAGAAAUACCACAAUUGUGUGCCAAUGUAAUAUAAGUCAAAAACAUCACUGUGUCAGUACACACAGUAAACUUUAAAGAAUGCAUAUUUGUUGUAUAAAUAGACCCGUGAAAAGGAUGAGGCAGUUGUGACAUUGGUGUUAACAAAUGACAUUGAAGUAGGGUAAAACGGAAAAUGAGGGUUUAUUUUGUAAUGCGUUACAUCCGUCUGAAAAUUCUGGGGCCUUUGUUUUUUGCUUUCACGUGUUUCACGCUGUUAAGUGAAAUAUUCAAAUGGCGAAAGGCUUGGGAUUCACUCUCGAUGCCACAUUCGCCUCGCCAUGAUGCUUCCAUACCCAGUAGAGGACAUUUCUCAUUCCACCCACCACUAGUAGCUCCCAACCAGACCAAUUUCGUGCCAGGACGCUUUCUGAAAGGUGUUCUCCCCCAAAAUGAGAGUUACUGCCACUUUAGCUAUGGGACUCCAGAACAUUUUAAUUGGACAGGUAAAUAUAUGGCUUUUAGUCCAGAACUUGGUGAGUUGGGACCAUAUCGUGUUAUCUACAAUGUUGUCAGGAUAUCGGAUAAUAAGACAAAUAAUGGUCCUAUUACAAAUUUUAGUGUAACUUACUGUACACAUGCCACACCAGAAUUUCUGUACCAUAUUGUUGAGAUUGUUAAGCGCUGGGAUGGGCCAGUGAGCUUGGCUAUUUAUACCCCAUGUACAGAUGCAGGGUUCAGCCUUGCCAUUAUUCAUCAACUGUGCCAUUGCCUUCCUGAAAUGUCUAGACUGUCUGUACAUUUAAUCUUCCCAGUAACACACCCUCCAGUUUUCACAUCGACUGCCUUCGCUAGUUAUGAUUCAAGAUCAAAUGUACAUCAGUACCCAAAUUUCACUGACUGUUCAGCACCAGAAGCCUUAGUUGGUGGGAAACUUCAAACUUUCCGACAAAGGGAGGGUCUCACCUAUCCUGUGAAUGUGGGACGAAACGUUGCAAGAAAGGCAGCCAAGACCUCCCAUGUCCUAGUUUCCGAUGUGGAGCUUCUGCCAAGCCAAGAUUUGGUAUCUGCUUUUCUUUCAAUGCUGUCAAGAUUCCGCAAGCAACGUGUUGAAGGUGACAGUGCUGAUAUUGACCUUAACCCUCCAUUACCUAUCAUGCAAGAAUCCCGCAUGAAGAACUUUGUGUUUGUGUUGCCUGUAUUUGAAGUGGAUGAGAAAGAAUCGAAUGUGCCCAGAACAAAAGAAGAACUCUUGGAGCUUUAUGCACAGAAUAAGGCUGUGUACUUCCAUCGCUGGGUUUGCCUUCAUUGUCAGAGGUUUCCUGGACUACAGAGGUGGCUCCAACGGAAACCAUCUGCUGAAAAUCCAAACAUUAUCCAGCCUUUGCUAGUGGUGCGACGUGAGUUCCCUUAUCAUCGCUGGGAACCUAUUUACAUUGGAACCAGUCAGGAACCUCUUUACAGUGAACAGCUGACAUGGGAAGGACAACAGGAUAAGAUGACACAGAUGAACGAGAUGUGCCUAAAAGGUUACCGGUUUAUCAUUUUGGACGGAGCAUUUCUUGUUCAUGUACCUGGAAUCAAGCGCAAAUCAGAAAUUACAAUGGAACGCACUGCCUGGCGCCAUCCUCAUGAACGUCAUAAUAUUGAAAUGUAUCAUUCCAUAACUGCAAAAAUGAUGAGCAAGUAUGGAACAAACACACGUUGCAAGCUGUAGCAUAGUGGAUAUUGGUAUAACCUCCUGUUAUGUUGCUAUACAGUUUUUUGUUUACUCUUUCUUCAAUUCUUCGUAUUAAUAAAAUCUAUCUGUAACUCAUGAUAUUCCUUUUCCGUAAUCCUCAUACCAGAACUACUAAUACCACUACUACUGCUUCCUCCUCCUACUACAGUGUUCCCAUCAUCAUUAUAUU